AAACCAUAGAGAUUGGUUUAUUUAAUUGUAUUAUCCGCAUUAUAUAUACGUUGGACAAUAAUAUUCCACAUAAGUUCAGAACAAUCCCAACCAAAGCAGCUUCCAAGCUUCAAGAGGAAACAUAAUCUAUAAAGUUUGUCCUUAAUAAGCAAAAAUGUGUGCAUUAGUACCUCCAUUGUUCCCAAACUUUGGGUGGCCAUCAACGGGAGAGUACGACAGCUACUACCUAGCCGGAGAUAUCCUCAACAACGGCGCGUUUCUUGAUUUUCCGGUACCGGAGGAGACUUAUGGAGCUGUUACAGCGGUGACUCAUCAUCAGAGCUUUGGGGUUUCUGCUUCGUCGGAGGGAAAUGAAAUAGACAACAAUCCGGUCGUCGUCAAGAAGCUCAAUCACAAUGCUAGUGAGCGUGACCGUCGCAAGAAAAUUAACUCUUUGUUCUCAUCUCUCCGUUCAUGUCUUCCUGCCUCCGACCAAUCGAAGAAGCUAAGCAUUCCUGCGACAGUUUCUCGAAGCUUGAAGUACAUACCAGAGCUGCAAGAGCAAGUGAAGAAGCUAAUAAAAAAGAAGGAAGAACUCUUGGUGCAAGUGUCAGGUCAAAGAAACAUUGAACAUUACGUUAAGCCGCAACCAAAGGCGGUGGCGAGUUACAUCUCGACCGUGUCUGCGACUAGGCUUGGAGACAACGAAGUGAUGGUCCAAAUCUCAUCGUCUAAGAUUCAUAACUUUUCGAUAUCUAAUGUUUUAAGUGGGUUAGAAGAAGAUGGGUUUGUUCUUGUGGAUAUUUCAUCUUCAAGGUCUCAAGGAGAAAGGCUUUUCUACACUUUCCAUCUACAAAUGGACAAGAUUGAAAAUUACAAGCUGAAUUGCGAAGAGUUAAGUCAGAGGAUGUUGUACUUGUAUGAGGAAUGUGGAAACUCAUUUAGAUUAUAAUUUGUUCUUGUUUCUUUAUAGUUAUGUCGUCCUUUUCUCUUGAAAAUCUAACAUUCUUGACCAAAGCGUUGUAGUCGAGUUGUUUCGUUUUUGGUCGAAGUCAAUGAUCGAUUAUGCUAUUGAGUAUAGACUGAUUAUUAUGAA